AUGCGACAACCAGGAAUAUUUGGUCAACUCAAUUGGGAUACUUACACAGUAGUUGUACUCGGGUUCCGCAUAUCGUCCGGUCAAAUACCAGACAGUAUCACCAGGGAGCUCGAUCAAGCAGCUGUCAAGCUGCUUUCUGCGUAUCCUUUCCUCACAGGUCAAGUCAUCAACGAAGGACGGUCAAGCACGACAUCAGGCACUUACAGGAUAGUGCCGUAUCCUCCCCAUUCGGAUGGCAAAUCGCCCGUCCGACAAAAGGACUGCACCCAGUCGUGUCCGUCCUAUGAUGAAAUCAUCCGAGCUGGCGCCCCUUUUUCGAUGCUUGACGGCGAAGUUCUGUGUCCCGUGAGAGGCAUGGGCUAUGUUUACGACCCGGCAGUCGUGACGCCCGUGUUCAUCAUCCAGGCCAACUUCAUCCGUGGAGGACUACUGCUCUGUUUCGCCAGCAUGCACAACGCGCUUGACAUGAACGGCCAAGAUCUGCUCAUCCGACAGUUCGCCACGCUGCUGCGAGGCGAAGCAUUGGACCAGGGGCUAGUAGCAGCUGGGAACCAGGACGCCGAUAGCAUUGUGCCAUUGCUGAAGGAAGGAGAAGUCGCCCUUGCGCAUGAUGAAAUGCGGAAGCCCUCCAGCUUAAGGCCCAUGAACGGCGUGCCUCCCGCUUCGCAGGGAUCCAAAGCGCGGUGGAUCUACUGGCGGUUUUCGCAGGACAAGCUCAUCGAGCUCAAAACCCUCGCCUCGCAAGAUAAGACUGCACGGGUCUCCACCAACGAUGCAAUCACCGCCUUCUAUACCCAGCGUCUCACGGCCGUUCGCAUUGCUGCCGGCCGCCUCUCCCGCACGGAGUCCAUCCAUUGUCUUCGCGCCGCGGACGGCCGCGCAAGGCUCGACCCUCCUGUUCCGAAAGGCUACCUGGGCCACCUGGUCGGACUCGCGUACACGGAAUGGCCUACCGCCAGCACGGUGCCAGAAUCCUCAUUAUCAAAAGUAGCCAACGACAUCCGCGCCUCUCUGAACAGAAUCGACGAUCACAACAUCCGGAGUCUAGCCACGCUGAUCCACACGACAGAAGACAAGACGACAAUCUUCUACGGCGCGAAGAAGAAGCUGGGGAAGGACAUCUUCAUCUCCUCGUGGGCUCAGAUGGACCUCUCGGGGACCUGUGACUUUGGUCCGUUGCUGAGUGGAGGUGACAAGGAUGGACGACCGGAUUUCGUAAGGAGACCGAGGAUGGAUAUUCUGCCAGAUUUGACAUAUAUCAUGCCCAAGGACAGGGAAGGGAAUAUGGACCUCGGGAUGUGUCUGUUUGAAGAGGAUAUUGCGGCCUUGCAAGAGGAUGGGCCGUGGACGAAGUUCACGAGGAUGAUCGGAUGA